GAUGUUGAUGAUGCUGGAUUCCGCUGAAACGUCAGCGCGCAGAUGACGUAGUACCGACUCGCGCGAGGGGCGGAGUGAGACCCGGGAAUAAAAAAAAAAAGAAAAAAAAAAGGAAAGAAAUCCGGGGAUUAGUGUCGGCUCUGGGUGUGAAUCAGCGCGGCGGCGGUGCGGUGAAGCUUCCGGGAGCAGAGACAUGAGGAGGCCGAGACGCGGAGUGUGACGCUUUAACACGCCGAAUUUAUUAUUAUUAUUAUUAUUAUUAUUAUUAUUAUUAUUAUUAACGGGAUUCGGUUGAGCGCGAGGAGGAGAAGGAGGAGGAGGAGGAGGAGGACAGGAGGAAGGACAGAGCAUCCAUCACCUGCGGGCAAACCGUCGAUGUGAUAUUAAACACCGUGUCUGUGUGAGCAGUUACACAACCUGACACACACACACACACACACACACACACGCACGGGCGCUGAUGAGUCGCAGUUAUCUCGGUGUGACUCGGUAUCACAGCCGGUUCCGUUAGUACCGGGAGUGUGGAUGGGAAACAGCGCCGCGCGGCCUCGAUAAGCUCACGAGCGCAGCGGAAAGAGAACCGCGCAGAAUAACGGAUACAAUAACGACAAUAACAUUAUUAACACCGGACAUCAGGCUGAAGAGGGGAAGAUGUCGGGACAGACGUUAACGGACCGGAUCGCCGCGGCGCAGUACAGCCUGACCGGAUCCGAGGUGGCGCGCGCUGUGUGUAAGGCCACCACGCAUGAAGUAAUGGCACCCAAGAAGAAACACCUGGAGUACCUGAUCCAGGCCACGCAGGAGUCGAACGUGAACAUCCCUCAGAUGGCCGACACGCUGUUCGAGCGAGCGGGGAACGCCAGCUGGAUCGUUGUGUUUAAGGCUCUGGUCACUACACACCACCUGAUGGUCCACGGGAACGAGAGAUUUAUCCAGUUUCUCGCCUCCAGAAACACGCUGUUCAACCUCAGCAACUUCCUGGAUAAGACCGGAUCACACGGUUACGACAUGUCCACCUUUAUCCGGCGCUACAGCAGGUAUCUGAAUGAAAAAGCGUUUUCUUACAGACAGAUGGCCUUCGACUUCGGCCGAGUGAAAAAAGGAAACGACGGUGUGAUGAGGACGAUGGCUACAGAUAAACUCCUGAAAGGCAUGACCACGCUGCAGAAUCAGAUCGACGCUCUGCUGGAGUUUGAAGUCCAUCCUAAAGAUCUGGUCAAUGGCGUCAUCAACGCUGCGUUUUUACUCCUCUUUAAGGACCUGAUUAAAUUAUACGCCUGCUACAACGAUGGAAUUAUUAAUUUACUAGAGAAAUUUUUCCAGAUGAAGAAAGGGCAGUGCAAAGACGCUUUGGAAAUUUACAAAAAGUUCCUGACACGAAUGACCAGAGUUUCAGAGUUCCUCAAAAUUGCAGAGCAAGUCGGAAUUGAUAAGAGUGAUAUUCCUGAACUUACCCAGGCCCCUGAGAGUCUGCUGGAGUCUCUGGAGACACACCUGAACACGCUGGAGGGGAAGCGGGGGUCACCAACUAAGAAGAGUUCUUCAGUCAGUAAUGGAACUCCUGCAGGAACUCCAGUGAAGACGGUGGAUGAAGUUCCUGCACCAGCAGCAGCAGAACCUCAGAACACGACUGCGGCUGCAGCUACAGCCGGUGGAUUCAGUGAUUUGGUGGAUUUUGAUUUAUUAGCUCCGAGUGCAGGCGCUUCAGCAGCUCCGGCGUCUGCGUGGGGAGAUCUGCUGGGUGAGGCUGCUGCCGUUAGUUCUUCCUCGGCACUCCUCUCUGAGUCUGAAUCUGUCGCUCCUGCUGAAGUCGCUGAAACGAGUCACGCUGCUGCAGCUGAACCUGCGGCUAAUGCUAAUGCUACUGCUCUGCCUAGCGCUGGUGCUAAUGCUAAUGCUAACACUGCGGCUCCCGCGCCGAGCUCCCUGUCAGACAUGGACCUGUUCGGAGAUGCGUUCGCUCCUUCCCCGGGUGAGGGAUCGGCUGAAGGUGGAGCUCCAGCAGUGGCUGCUGAUGCUUUUACUGGAUCUGACCCCUGGGCUCCCUCAGAGGGGAGUGUGGAUGUCGCCCCAGAGCUCGACCUUUUUGCCAUGAAGCCAGCAGAGGGCAGCACUGAGAGCCCCGCUAACGGAGAGCCGAGCAUCACGCCCACUGUCGCCCCUGAAAAUGCCCCCGAAACCACCCCUCCUGCCCCCUCUGCCCCCACCACAGACUCUGCGGCCCCCCCGGCCCCCCUGGCCCCCCCGGCCCCUGCGGCGCUAGACAUCUUUGGCGAUAUGUUUGAUUCUGUGCCUGAGCAAAACGCUUCCUCAGAGCCCAAAGCUGCCGUUACUCCCACUAACGUAGAUCUGUUCGGUGCAGAUCUUCCUGCUGUCUCUCGCGGGCCGUCACCUUUACCUGAUGCUUCAGUCACUGCUGAUCUGUUAUCUGACUCGUUCAUCGCUCCGACUCCGACUCCAGCUCCGUCUCUCGCUGCUGCUCCUGUGUCUCCGCCCAAAACUGAGGCUCCUGUGUUGGACCUGCUGGACACGUUUGGAGAACCUGCAGUGGAACCACCCACUUCUGCAUCUACAGGAGAUCUGCUUGGAGGUUUGAUUUCUCCCGUGGCCCCCGCCGCUGCUCCUGUUCCCGCGGUAACCGCAGCAUCCGUUGCCCCGAGUGACCUGCUGGAUUCGGGCUUUGAUGCUUUUGCUCCGCCUCCUGCCACCUCUGUGACCUCUGACCCUGUGCCGGCCUCUACAGCGCCCUCUGGAGGAUUCGAUGCAUCAGUGUUUGAUGGAUUAGGGGACCUCCUCAUGCCCUCCGUAACCCCUCAGAGCACUGGUGGCAGUAGUACUCCUAUAGUUCCUGCAGCAUCUCCUAUGGUUGCUGCGGCGACGGUUCCUGUGGUAGCCCCAGCAGCCACGCCCACCAUGAUGCCCAUCACACCCGCCAUGAUGCCCACCUCGCCCGCCAUGAUGCCCACCUCGCCCGCCAUGAUGCCCUCCACCAGUCUGCCUGCUAAAGCCAUCAGUAUAGAUCUGGACGAAUCGCUCGCAAACCUGGUUGGAAAUCUGGGGAUGGGAAGUCAGAAAAAGGACGGUGAGAAGAAGCUGACUGGUGGAGUGAACUGGACCCCUCAGGUCGCCCCCACCAGCUGGAGCGCUCCACCCAUGGCUGGAGCAACAGCUGGAGCGCCCUCUACUGGAGCCAUGCCACCACCCAUGGGGACGCAGCCUGCGUUCAGCCUGCCCCCUGCAGGAAGUGCUGGAGCUCCCAUGAUGCCUCAGCAGAUGAUGAUGGGACAGUCGAUGAUGAGACCACCCUUCGCAGGAGCAGCUGCACCACUGUCUCCAGGUCCUGCAGUUCAGAGCCCCAAGAAGCCGCAGACUAAAGACCCGCUGGCCGACCUCAACAUUAAAGACUUCUUAUAAUCUGUGAGUGAUUUUGGACUCGGCUCUGGUGAAAGCUGAUUCGCUGAUCGUUUACACCCACAUACACCUGAAGAUCCUGCAGUUAGUCCCGCCCCUUUGUUCAUAACCACACCCAGUCCCUCCUUCCUGAGCUGUGUAAUGUCGUAGCACAAACUGUGAAGUAAAUUGUAGAGAAAAAAAAGGAAAAAAUAUAACGAAGAGCGAGAGAGAAAGAGAGAAAGAGAGAGAGAGAGAGAGAGGGAGGGAGAGAGGGAGGUGUGCUUUAUCUUGAUGUGAUCUUUUGUUUUAAUGGAAACUAAACAAAAGGAGAAAAAAUGAAAAUUUAAAAAUGUUCAAAUGUGUAGAGUUUUUGCCAAGUGUUAGCUUCAGACCUGAAUGAUGUGUGAGCGUGUGUGUGUUCUGUUUUCUGUGUGUGUGUGUGUGUGUGUGUGUGUGUUGGAGCAGUGUGUACCGUGUACCUGCAGAAGGUUUUGCUCUCCUCUGUAUCUGUGGAUGAUGUGAAUCUGGUUAUUAAAUGAUGACGUGAUCCCACAUGUUUGUUUAUGAAUAUAACUUCAUGACGUAUACAUAUGCAGUAGAAAUUCAUACCUGGGCUUUGAACUUCUCAACCACCUUCUCACACGUAGAUGUUUGUUUUCAGAGUGUCGUCAUGGUUUCCGCUCCCCGCUGUUCGGUUCUGGUCAGGUGUCUUCACUGAAAGGUUUCUAUGACAACGUGAUGGAGCAGAUGCUUUUACGAAUGAAACUCCUCACACUUUUAUGUGCCAGAUACGGCUGUGUUUGCAGUAACACACGAGACGUCACUGAUGUCACAAUGGUAAUGAUUAACAUGUAACGAGGGCGGAGCUUAAGUUAAAUUUGAUCAGCCAAUCAUAUUACAUCACCACAAAGUUUUACCUGAGAUUAGCUCACUGACCAGCAAGUAUGAGGAAGCGCUAAUGAUUUCACCUGAAUUAAUAGCAGCAUUUUCUAAAAACGAACGUCUCUCUGUUAUUAAUCACGGUAAGAAAAGAAAACUGAACUCAUUUAGGAAAGGAAACACAACUUUAUAAACUGUAUACGAUACAGAGGGUGACACUAGAGGAAAUGACGGAAGCGUCGACAGGAAGUGGUGUUUUGAUUGGACAGUGUGUAACGUAGACCUGAAAGUAUCUCGUAAAAGUGUGAGGCUCCAUACACGCUGUCCUUAAAGUUUACAUUUCUUAUAGAAAAUAUUUAGUUUUAUUUCUUGGCUUUUUCUCCCCGUGACUCAUCAGUGAAAUAACCACAUGCUACAGUGUGUUCUAGGGAAUUACCCAUGAUCCUCUUCUGCAAUUAAGCCUGCGUUCCAACACCGGUUUUUAACGUUUCCUCAUCGAUUUAACUUCACGACUCAGAAAUCAUGCGAGGUUCAGAGUGUGUAUAGAAGUGAACAGGGCACAUUAAAAACGGUACUGAAACACAGCCAUGAGGAACUGAAGGAAUGUUUCCUCUGUAGAUGAUUCCAAUCAGGAUUGUUUCACCUCAUGGAGGUGGUGUGUGUGUGUGUGUGUGUGUGUGUGUGAGUGUGUGUGAGUUUCAGAUGGAGGUCACUGUUAAACAGAGUUACGGUGAUAAAAUGUAGAAAGAGUAAACUGAAUGCCAUAACACACACACACACACACACACACACACACUGAUGUUUCGAUCUUGUUCUUUGAUCAUCUGUGGACCUUCAGUUACUGUUAAAAACUGCUGAUAGAAAAUGGUGGAUGAUUAUAUUGUUAAUUUUGUUAUUUUCUCGAUGAGUUUGUUUAUAUCGGUGUAUUUAUAAAUAUAUUUAUUUUCCUUGAUUUCGUCAUAUCUUUCUGCUCCACUGACCCAGUGCAUGUACACCUUUUGAGAUGCAAUAAAUAAAUAAAUAAAUAAAUAAAUGAAU